ACAAGCUGACGUUUCGGUAUCGAGUUUCGAUCCUUUCGUCGCAAACAUUUUCAAGCCUUUUGACUCGCUGCCAGUUUUGCAGGUGAAAUUUCGUGAAAAUUUACCGGAAAACUAGCACUUGCACCCCAAAAUGAAACCGUUAAUGUUACAAGGGCACGAGCGUGCCAUAACGCAGAUCAAGUACAACCGGGAGGGAGAUCUGAUUUUCUCCACGGCCAAGGAUCACAAACCUUCGGUGUGGUUCUCACUUAACGGAGAACGUCUCGGAACGUACAACGGUCAUCAGGGUGCCGUUUGGUGUGUGGAUGUCGACUGGACUACGACCAGAUUGAUCACCGGCAGUGGUGACAUGUCUACAAAAUUGUGGGACGUCGAAACAGGACGCAUCUUGGGAAGCAUUCCAACAACCUCAUCUUCCCGUACGGCAAACUUCAGCUACUCGGGCAACCAGGCAUCCUACUCGACCGAUAAGGCUAUGGGUCACAACUGCGAGCUGUUCAUCAUCGACGUUCGAAAUGUAGACUCUAGUAUCAGCAGCCAGAGCCCGGUUCUGAAGUUGACCAUGAACCAGCAGUCAAAGAUUACCUCCUGUCUAUGGGGAGCUUUGGACGAGACUGUUAUCACCGGUCAUGAGAACGGAUCGAUCCGUAUCUGGGAUCUGCGUACUGCGAAGGAACUGAAUUCCGUCAACGACCAUACUGGCGUCAUCAAUGAUAUGCAACUGUCCUUCGAUGGAACCAUGUUGGUUUCCGCCUCCAAGGACACCACGGCCAAGCUGUUUGAUUCGGAAUCGCUGAUGUGCUUGAAGACCUACAAAACGGAACGUCCGGUCAAUUCGGCUGCCAUCAGCCCAAUCCAUGAGCACGUUGUAGUGGGUGGUGGACAGGAAGCUAUGGAGGUCACAACGACUUCGACCAAGUCCGGCAAGUUCGAUUCCCGAUUCUUCCACUUGGUGUACGAAGAAGAGUUCGCUCGAGUUAAGGGCCAUUUCGGUCCAAUCAACAGUUUGGCCUUCCAUCCGGAUGGCAAGAGCUACGCGACGGGUGGUGAGGAUGGUUUUGUGCGCGUUCAAGUUUUCGACGCUUCGUACUACGAAUUUGUAUUCGAGUAAACGGCUCGAGAGGAGGAGAUUCUUUAUUAUUUUGUAUUUCCUGUGUGAUUCGUGGAGUAGUGCGAAAAGACUUGAGACGACCGAGAAGGCAAAGGGUAAAAGUGUGUGAAGAAAGGUCCUACUGCAAAAGUAAAAUUUAGGUACCUAUAUAACAGAAACCAUGUUGGGGGAGGGUUUUCAACAUUCGUGGAUGAAUAAAUUUAGAAUGUUGAUAACGUACAGAAGA